AUGACUUUGUACGGAGGUCUGCUACUGGCCAGGCUGACUGACCAACCAGGCUUGGACGCUGACGAGAAGAGGCGGCUUCAAGAAGGGACACAGGAUAGUGAAGAAGACAUAGACGGCUCAGAUGUUGAGGAUGAAGAAGAAGUCGUGCAAGUAACUGAGCGCGACAGCAGUUCAGAGGUUUCUGAAGAGGAAACAGAUAAAAUGGAAAUUGAUGAUACUGGUGAUGAUUUCUUUUUGUACAUCGGACAAGACAAGGAAACUAUUUGGUGCAGCAAACCCCUAGUGAAAGCUGCUUCAAAGAGGCCGGCGCCGAACGCUUACGGGCUGCCGCCGCUGGUGGGCUACGACAACCAUGACGUCACCAAACAUCGGAUGCCCGCAUACACCAUGCGGAAGGCGCUGAAGAGGGCGGUGUGGCGCCUGGGCCCAGGGCCGAAGUACGCCUUCCAGAGGAACCUCACACGCUACGGGCCCAACGGCACGCCACAGUACUCCAUGGCCAAAAAGAUACGCCCACUGCCGCGCCUCAACGUACCGGGCCCCCCCGCCUACAUGACGGAGGAGGUGCCGCCGAUGCGGACGGACCGCGCGCCGGCCUACAGCCUGGGCGACCGCACCAAGCUGCGCAGCGAGGACUUCAACCCGGCGCCCAACAUUUACGUCAUGCCCGAAUACCUGGGGCCCAGCCAGCCAAUCAAGACGUCGGCACCCGCCUACACAAUGGCGAGCCGCGCCAAGCCGCUGCGGCCCGACAUCGGGCCCGGGCCUGCGCGCUACCCGGCCGUCGACAUGUCUGUGUCCCGCAAGCGGCCGCCCGUCUACAGCGUCGUUGGCCGCAACUACCCGCCGGGCGACCGGGGCAUGAACCCGGGACCCGGCGCCUACCUGCCCGAGUACAACCGCGCCAAGAACCCGCCCAGCUUCUCGUUCGGCGUCAAGCACUCUCCCUACAAGCGCACCCCCAUGGUCGAGGCCGACAACGAAGUCUGA